UGACGUAGCAGUCGGCGACAGUUUUACAGCGGGACGUCAUUUUGCGGCGAUCAGCGGUGCUUGGUUUGGAGAACAUGGCGUCCGGACCAGCCGAGCCGUCCGCUGGACAAGAUUCAGAUCUGGAUGAGUUACUGGACAGCGCACUGGAUGACUUUGACAAGACAUCCGCCCCUCCAGCCCCUGAGGCUGCAGCUGCUUCCCCUUCAGCUAAAAGUGGUGCAGAGAAGCCCCCCUUGCUGGAAGACAGCAAAUUCUUUGAGAAUCUCUUUGAAGGGGACAUAGCCACCCAAGCCAAAGAAGAAUGGGAGAAGGCUAUGGCAGAACUGGCCCAGGAGGAGCCAGAGCUUCUUCAACACUUCCAAAAACUGUCAGAGGCUGCAGGGAAAGUUGGUACUGAUGUUGCCUCCCAACAAGAGUUCACGUCUUGUUUAAAGGAAACCCUUAGUGGCUUGGCCAAAAAUGCAGACAACUUGCAGAGUGCAGGAUUGGUCGGAGAUGAUCUUGUCAAGGCUCUAGAAGGCUUGGGAUUGGAUGAGAGUGGAGAAGGGGGUGGGGAUGAUGGAAAUAUUCUGCCCAUCAUGCAGUCCAUCAUGCAGAAUCUUCUCUCCAAGGAAGUGCUUUAUCCGUCUCUCAAAGAGAUCACAGCUAAAUACCCUAACUGGUUGGAUGCCAACAAGUCAAGCCUUACCCCAGAGGACUACCAACGGUAUGAGCAACAGGCCAAGAUCAUGGGAGACAUAUGUAAGCAGUUUGAGAAGGAAGAAGAAGGUGGUGGACAUAAAGAAAGCAUAUUUGAAAGCAUUUUGGAACUGAUGCAACAGCUACAAGACCUGGGCCAGCCACCUAAAGAGCUAGCUGGUGACACGCCACCUGGCCUUAACUUUGACAUGGAAUCACUCAAUCUCCCAGGAGUUGCUGGGGCAGGUGCGGCAGAGCAGUGCUCGGUCAUGUGAUCAGGGAGUGGUGCACUUUGUCCAAGGCACUAAAGCAAGGGUCUGUCUGGGUGCAUCAGAACUGAGCAAAGAGGGUUGGAUGGAGAAUAGUUGAAAACGUGUAAAGUGAAGGUUGGCAGGUGGCCGUAUUAUUGUCAUCAUUCUCCCUCUACUGUAAAGUGUCUAGAUAGCAGACACAGUGAGGAGAAUGACAUAAAACCAACCAGAAUCACGCACACAAGCACACCCUCUCUCAUGUUGGUACAAAAUCACUGAACCAUCUAAACAUUCCUGCUUUAGUUCAUCAGUGGCUCUCACAAUUCUGUCAUGGUUUGGUCUAUAAUGGCAUUCCCUGGAAGUAGAAAUCCUCUCGCUACCCAUCACACUGUUUUUACAAAACAUUUUUUUCCUCUAGGUUAGAAUUAAACAAACCACUGCACAGGUGUUAACGGUGCCUUUGCAAAACAGUUCUGAAUCGUUUUAUGUCUUAUUAUAAUGUAAAGACUUUGCCAUCUCUAUGCCAAGCACUUUUUUGACUUUUUGUUUGAAAAAGUUGUGAAAUUGCAAAAUGUUCUCGUGCUAGGUUUACAGAACGUUGGCAGUUACCAGUGUGGGUAAUUAAUCACACAAAAUAAUCUGUUUCUCUACAGGCACAGAAUUUUAGACUUAAGAAGGUUUGAUGUUUUCAUUAAUAAUGAUUUAACUAUGUGUACAGAAAUAAUGGUAAAUGGUUUAUUAUAUAUUGGUAUAUUUAAAUAUUUAAAGAAGAUUAUUGAGGAACAAAAUCCAUGGAAUAAUUUCCCAGAACGUAUUUCAGCUAACAAAUUCUACUUGACCGUUCCUCGUGAUGUGCAAAUAAUGAUUAUCAAAUGCCUUUGCUGUGGUUGCAGUGAGCCCUAGAAUUAGAAUUACCGUGCAAAGUACUCCCCUUGUGAAUGCCAUUGUUUUUCUGUGCAGACAUAUUUUGUGGUAUGACAUUCAUGUAAGAAAAGAAGGAACACCUAGCCAAUUCUUCAGGCCUGUGCCCCUCUCGUGUAGGGUGUGUCCUUUAUGUCUCGCUACCAAGUUUAUUUCCUAACUUGAAGUUAAAGUUACCAGCUGACAGGCAGUGGUGAGCUGCUCAAGAUUAUAUUACUGCCAGAGUAUCUCAUGCAGAGGCAAAGUAGAUAAAAGUUUGAGGAUCUGGCUAGCAGUUUGGAUUUAACUUUGGAUAUGGCUGGCUUGGUAGUUUCAUUUCAUUUUUUAUUUUUUACACUACAAGCAACUGUGAUGAAAACUUUCCUCUGGCUUACUUUUAAUUUUAAAAAUCAAUUUGUCAGAAAGACUAGAGACGCUUGUAAAAUCUGAAAUGUAAAGACCUCCAUGGCCAGCAGUCAGUUUCCGGCACUGACAGUUGGAUUUGGCGAAUGACACAGCAUGCAGGCAAACCAUCAGCUUGUCAUCAAAACUUGUGCACUGAGGGUGUAUUCUGAAGGGAUUAAGCCAACCGUGCCCUGAAAGAGAUGAGAACAUCAAAUAAAACUGAGCAGUGCUGUAGCUGUUGAUAAAGGAGGGUGUUUAUCAUAUAAAAAGGGAGUGGGCAACCCAUUCAGCUCUUAGGGUUGAUGCAAACAUACCCACGGCAUGAUUUGAAAGGAACACGCAAAACUGUCAUUUUAAUUUUUUUUCUUUGUUGUACUUGUAAAUACCACCAUAGAAUAAAGUAAUG